GAUGUCCCAAACAGUUGCUGGACUCCUUCAGCUUCUUAUGCUCUCAUAAGAGAAAAAACAGAGCUCAAAAAUAUAAAAACAGAGCAGAGGCGACUUGAGCACUAUUAUAUAACAAAGCUGGGGCGACUUCUGUUUAAGAACAUGUACUCAGAAGCUAUGGCAAGUAAUUUGAACAAAAUUUUUAUCGUCUCAAUUGUUGCUAUAGCGGCUUUGCUGCAGAGAUCCAAGGCGCAGACAACACACAUAGUGGGUGAUGCCCUUGGCUGGCUUGUCCCUCCUAGUACUGAUACUUACACAACAUGGGCUGCAAACCAGACCUUCAGAGUCGGCGACGUUCUUGUGUUCAAUUUCGCCGCUGGAAGACAUGACGUUGCUCAAGUAACAGAGGCUGCAUUCAAUGCCUGCAACAGUAGUAAUCCCAUUUUGAGAGAAACAAAUAGUCCUGUAAAUGUUACUCUGUCUUCAUCCGGCGAGUUUUACUACAUUUGCACAUUUUCCGGCCAUUGCAGCGGUGGCCAGAAGUUGAGGGUGAACGUUAGUGCUGCAGCUGCUUCUCCAGCUCCUCAGCCCGUCAUUUCUCCCUCUCCCAUUAUCCCUCCAACACCAACACCUGUCACUGUACCAACACCAACACCAACUCCAUCGCCCACAAGAAAUCCAGUGACUUACGUUGUUGGAGAUCAAAUUGGGUGGACCAUCCCGGCUAACACCUCCGUCGGUUACCAAAAUUGGGCUAGUGGGAAGACCUUUAUGGUCGGAGAUAUCCUAGUUUUCAAUUAUGCGAUGAAUGCUCACGAUGUGGCGGAGGUGACAAAACAAGCGUACGCUUCAUGCGACAGCAACAGCACCAUUUCUCUGAAUUCAAGCCCACCUACAAGAAUCACUCUGACGACCCCUGGCGAACAUUUCUUCAUCUGUACCUUCCCGAAUCACUGCUCAGCCGGCCAGCAGCUGGCCAUCAACGUCACCGGAACCGCCACUGCCCCGUCGCCAUCACCCAGUAUUGCCACGUCACCAACACCAACACCCAGUGUAGCCACUCCUCCUCCUACAAGCACUAAUACUCCUUCACCGCCACCUCCAACAGGUCAAACAGGAAACUCUGCUAAGUCUCUGAAUGCUGCCGGCGUCUCUUUCACUUUCUUAGCCAUCAUCUUUGUGGGUUUGUUGUAUUAGACUUGUGGUUCAGAGUUAGCCAUUGUUACACAGAUUGAGAUUUUUGUAUUACAAUAAAAGUUGAUUUUAAUUUUUUUGACA